AUGUGGGAGCUCCUCGAGCUCGCGGUCAAGAGCGCGUCGGCCAACGCGGCCACCUACGCGAGCGCCGUCCACGAAAAGGCGCAGACGAUUGCAGCUGCGGUGCAGGACGAAGCCUCGACGCUCGUGCAGCGCGUCCGGAGCGCCGCCCGCACUGGACCCGUGGACGACAUUUUGUACGAGGAGUUGGCCGCCUACCGCGAGUUCUCGAGCGCUUUUGCGCUCGAAGCGGUGGCCCGCGACAUUGCGCGCGUGACGAGCGAAGACGCAGAGGUCUGUUUGCUGCACGAAGCGGUUGUGCCGCUGGAGCUGAGCGAAGACGAGUUCUGGUGCCGCUACUUUUUCCGUCAGCAACAGGUGGCAGAGCAGGUGAAGCCGAAACGAGUUGCAAGUGACAGUGACAAGGCACUGGAGGGAGGAGAGCAGAGCUGUGGGGACUCGCGAGCGGACGGUUGGACUCGCAACGGGAAGCACAGCCCGGAGGACGACCCGCCACCGCGGUCAUAUUCCUGUUCUGUAGACCGACGAGGGGACCGGGGGGACCUCGGGCCAGUCGCACGGCUUUUGAGAGAAGCAGACGAGGCAGACCACAGUGCAGUUGCGCAGUGGCAGCAGAAAGCAAGGGACCUGCACUGUCAAUUGCAGGAGACCAAGCAGAGCUACGAUGCCAGGGAGCAAAAAGCGCGCAAGGAGUGGGACAAACAGCUCCAAGCGCUUUGCGAUACGUACGAGACAAGGAUGGCGGCAGUGGCCGCGCGAGUUGAUGCGGCCUGGACCGCAGGGUAUGACGAAGGAGCGCGCGCGAGUGACGGGGUUGGGCAGAGCGUGCGACAACAGGCGGAUCAGGACAUGGCACAGCUCCGAAGAGAGAUGUCGGAGCGUGUGCUCGAUACUGCGGCUGAUGAAAGAGUGGCUGCUUUGACAAACGAAAAGGAAGAUCUGCAAAGGGAAUUGCAAGCUGCACGUGAGCGGAUUGCCGAGCAAGGAAAGCAAGACGAGUUGCUGGCGGAAAAGACGCAAGGUGCAGCGCUUGCCGAUGUGACGAAAGAACGGGACGUGUGGCGGGCGAGAGCCGUCAAGAUGAAGAAACUCAAAGACCUCGUGCAGACUGAACUCACGACGUUGCGUCAGCAGCGCGACGUGGGUGCUGAAACUGCGUCGAUAGGGUCUCAUUUAUCCGCGACUGUUGUGCAAUUCAGCCACUCGGACGAUCACGGCAAACUGCAGACUCGAAUGAACGAGCUGCAAGUGCAGCUAGCAAAUGCUUUGGCCGAUUCUGAAGCUCGAGCUCGCGAAGCAUAUGAAAAAGGUGUUGAGGCUGGCAAGAUUGAAGCCGAACAACGGGAAAAGCAAGUCCGAGAUGUCGCGUUCCGGGAGGGAUACAAGAAGGCGCAAGCUGAAGUCAAGAGUGAAAUGGGUGUACUAAAGGCUGAGCUCGGAAUGUUCCGAGCUUUUCACGAGAGUGCGAUUCAUUGUGCCGAUCAUGUGGACGGAAACGCAGAAAACCUGCUUGAUAAUUCGCUAGACGACAUUUUGCUUGCCGACGGACAAUCUCUGUGCUCACCAACGUCGUCCGUGUCUGUGUUUACUGAUAAUGGCAAGAACGAGUUCCCCUUUGGUACAGAUUCGAAGUCGAAUGACGAUUGGGGUGAGUGGUAA